GCGAAACGUCCAAGUCAACCAACCAAGGCGAGGAAGGAGAAGCCCAACCACCACCGAGCCCCUCCCUCCUCCUCAAAGAAAAUCCAGCUCCCACUCUCCCACCAUGAAGCCGGCGGCGCGGCGGCCGCUGCUGCUGCUGUGCGCGCUGGCAUCGGCAGCAGCGCUGUCCAUCCUACUCGUCGCGCCGCCGCCGCCGCUGGCCGCGCACCUCUCCACCCUACUCCUCGCCUUCCCAGCCUCGCCCUACGCGACCGCGCCCAAGCUAAUCUUCCUCCUGGCCGGCCAGUCCAACAUGGCCGGGCGCGGCGUCGCGCCGCUGCCGCUGCCGCCGCCGUUCCGCCCGCACCCGCGCGUGCUCCGCCUCGCGGCCUCCCUACGCUGGGUCGUCGCGGCCCCGCCGCUCCACGCCGACAUCGAUACGCACAAGGCCUGUGGCCUCGGGCCCGCCAUGCCCUUCGCGCACCGCCUCCUCCUCCACGCCUCCGCCGCCGCCGACUCCGAGUCCGACCUCGUCCUCGGCCUCGUGCCCUGCGCCGUCGGGGGUACUAGGAUCUGGAUGUGGGCUAAAGGGGAGCCGCUCUAUGACUCCGCCGUCGCACGCACGCGCGCCGCCGUUGCCGCUGGCGGCGGGAAACUAGGUGCCGUGCUGUGGUUCCAGGGGGAGAGUGAUACCAUCGAGCUUGACGAUGCCACGGCCUAUGGCGGCAGGAUGGAGCGCCUCGUCAACGAUCUCAGGGCCGAUCUCGGCAUCCCCAAUCUGCUCGUCAUACAGGUUGGUCUUGCAUCAGGAGAGGGGAAUUACACUGAUAUUGUCAGGGAAGCUCAGAGAAAUAUCAAGGUUCCUAACGUCAUUCUUGUAGAUGCAAUAGGAUUGCCGCUCCGUGAUGAUCAGCUACACCUCUCCACAGAAGCUCAACUCCAGCUGGGUGACAUGCUGGGACAAGCCUUUUUGAAAUUUAACUCAUCCAUGGAUUCAAGACAAUGACAUCGACGUCGUUGGUUAACCUGUUGUUAGGUGUAGAGUCAAAUGACAAAUACCAUUCUUUUGGAGUAUUCUGUUGUAGAUUGUAGAUCGUUGUACAAGAGGAGUGAGUUCUUCUAUCCAUGGGUGCACUACAAAAUGUAAUAAAAGGGUAGGGUACCCAGUAGAAACUCAGCUCAACAAAUUCCAGUGUUGUAUAUUACAUGAGAAAAACAGACAGCCUCCACUACGCAAAUACAAAUCCACAUCGUAUGUGGGAUUCUGAUUCCGGUCAGGGCCCCUUUGGAUCAUA